AUGGAAUCAAGCAAUUUCUUUUUCUUCUUUUCUUCAUAUUUCCUUCUGUUUCUGCUAUUAUUCAUAUGUUGUUCUUUUUCCUUCUUUCAUUUCAAUAUCAUUAUUUUUCUUCUUUACUUCAUGUUUUGUGCUGAUUUGCUUUCUCUAUCAUAUUUCCGUCAUCUCUUCUUUUUUCUUUUUUCUUUUCUUUUUUUUUCUUCUCUUUCAGAUUUAUUCUAUCUUUUCUUUCCUUCAUUAUUCGUUAUUUUUCUUAUUUUCUUCAUAUUUCCUUCUGUUUUCUCCUCUCUUUCAUAUGUUCUUCUUUUUUUCUUCUUUCUUUCAGAUUUCGUUCUCUGUGUUCUUCCCAUCAUUAUUCGUUCAUUAUUCUUCUUUCCUUCAUAUUUCAUUCUGUUUCUCCUCUCUUUCAUAUGUUGUCCUUUUUUCUUUUUUCUUUCAGAUUUUGUUGUAUGUGUUCUUUGCUUCAUUAUUCGUUACUUUUCUUCUUUUCUUCAUAUUUCAUUCUCUUUCUCCUAUCUUUCAUAUGUCGUCCUUUUUUCAUCUUUCUUUAAGAUUUCGUUCUAUGCGUUCUCUUCUUCUUUAUUCGUCCUUUUUUCUUCUUCCUUUCAUAUUUCCUUCUGUUUUCUCCUCGCUUUCAUAUAUAGGUCUUUUUCUUUUUUUUCAGAUUUCCUUUAUAUUCUGCUCUCUAUUUCAUAUUUCGUUCAUUUUAAUCUUUCCAAAUUUCGUUCGUUUCUCUCCUUCCCUUAA